UUCGCACACGAAGAGUGACAGGUCGUAAAAGCGAGGCAAACUUUGUUUUCAUUUGCCGUCUUCUCCACAACACACAACAAGCCCACAAAGCAAGCGCGUCCGUACAAGCAGUGCAGGAAAACAACAGUGCCACUCAGCGAAUGGAGCUAUAGUCCAUUUGGUUUUUGGCGUUCUGUUUUGUGAGACUUCCCCCUUCGCUUGCCGCAUCGCGGACCCUUGACGAAAAUGACGAAACGCAACGCCUGGUCACGGGCGGAAACGGCCGAGCUGCUCGACAUCAUACGGACGAGCUGCGUGUCCUUCCUGGACGGUACCAUCAACAACCGGAAGGGCCAGAUGUACCGCCAGAUCGAGUACGAGAUGCAACGGCGCGGCGGCACCGGAGCGAAUCGGGACGCCCGCCAGAUCGAGCACAAGUGGAAGAACCUCAAGUUUGGCUACGAGCGGUACAAGAGCGAGCUGGAGCAGCACGCAGCGAAUGACAGCAAAUCCUGGCUGUCCACCCUGAAGCCGUGCGAGUUUUACACGGAGCUGGAGGAGCUGUUCAGUGUGGUGGAGCAGCGGACCGCCACCGCGGUCGUCAGCGGCAGCCCGGAGGUGGAAACGAUCGUCGGAAUCGAAGGUGUUACGUACUAUGAUGAAGAAUUUGUCACCGAAGAAGGACAGGAACUGGCGGUGGAUGAUGACACGGUCGUGAUUGAGGAGAUUGUGUACGAUUCACAGGAUGCGAUCGAGUUUGGUAGGUCAAAAAACAGGAAGCUUUCUCUGCGUGGUCUCUCCCCUACAAUGCGCGUCCCCAUUUCUUUCACCCUUACAGAAGAACCCGUCCCCGGUCCGAGCACCUCGAAAGCCUCGUCUGCCCCGCUACAGCCAGCCCAGCCGGCCGCCCCGAAGCGCAAAAAGCUGACGGCGGAAAACAUGGACGGUCUGCUGUUGCGGAUUUGCGAAAUGCAGAAGCAGCACAACGACACGUUCAACCGCAACCAGAUGGAGUACAUCGAGAACGAGUUCGAAACGUUCCGCGAGCGCGAGCGGGAACAUCUGCUCCAGCUGAAGCUCGAUCUGGAGGUGUUGAAGCAAAAGUUUCUCGCCCGAAUACAGAAGAUUGCCAUCGGUGAGGGUGGGCCGAACGAGGCGGUGGAAGAGACGGUGGUGGGGCACGAAGCGAAACGGCGCCGCGUUGGGACCGGUGCUGGCAGGCGGAAGUAGGCCGCCCCGAGGGAGGGUUGUAAUGAGGGCUGUAAUGGUAAAGCAAACAAAUUAAUACUAAAAGAACAGAUGAGGGACGUAAAUGCGAAUUCGAAAGAUGAUCAUGUAAUAAGUACGAGAAAUACAUAAAAUGCAACUUUUUUUUAGUAUAAAACACAAUAAAUAUUAGUCUGCAAAAUGAA